UCCCCGGAGUACAAAAAAUUAAUGAUACUUCCCUGUCAAGCACAAGCAAAACGCGUUCCAUUCCGCUGCUUAUAAUAUCUGUGUAGAGAUGUUCUUGUACACAUUAUCUAAAAGUGAGAGCUUACAUUUUCACUCUUCUUCUUUGUUCCAAUUUUGAGAAUUUGAGAUCAAAUUGUAAGGGAAAAAAAUGGAGUUGUUUUACUAUAUGGUGUUUGGGGCUUUGGGGGCAGUGGUGGCAGCAUUGGAGCUGAGCAAAAGUAACAAGGAUAGGGUUAAUACUUCUGCAGCUUUCAAUUCCUUCAAGAAUAAUUACCUUCUCGUUUACUCACUCAUGAUGGCUGGUGACUGGUUGCAGGGUCCUUAUGUUUACUACCUUUACACAACUUAUGGCUUCGGGAAGGGGGAAAUUGGGCAGCUCUUUAUCGCAGGAUUUGGAUCUUCCAUGUUAUUUGGAACCAUAGUUGGAUCUCUAGCAGAUAAACAGGGACGGAAGAGAGCAUGUGUGACUUACUGCAUCACGUAUAUACUGAGCUGCAUCACUAAGCAUUCUCCUCAGUAUAAAGUUCUGAUGGUAGGACGUGUUUUGGGUGGUAUUGCCACAUCUCUCCUGUUUUCAGCAUUUGAAUCGUGGCUCGUGGCAGAACAUUUCAAGAGGGGUUUCGAUCAGCAGUGGCUCUCAUUAACUUUCUCUAAGGCUGUAUUCCUUGGCAAUGGUCUUGUUGCAAUUCUCGCUGGGUUAUUUGGAAAUCUACUAGUUGAUACCUUAAAUCUUGGGCCUGUAUCACCCUUUGAUGCUGCUUCCAUUUUUCUAGCUAUUGGAAUGGCUGUUAUAUUAUCAUCAUGGACUGAGAACUAUGGUGACCCUUCGGAGAACAAGGACUUGCUUACUCAGUUCAAGGGUGCUGCUGUAGCAAUUGCUUCAGAUGAGAAGAUUGCUUUGCUGGGUGCAAUACAGUCUCUAUUUGAAGGUUCAAUGUAUACAUUUGUAUUUCUCUGGACACCCGCACUGAGUCCAAAUGAUGAAGAUAUUCCCCAUGGUUUUAUUUUUGCAACUUUCAUGUUGGCUUCAAUGUUGGGAAGCUCUAUUGCAUCUCGUCUAUUGGCCAGCAACUCGACUAGAGUAGAGAUCUACAUGCAAAUUGUUUUUGUUAUUUCUUCUGCCUCCCUUCUGCUUCCCUUAUUGACAAAUUUCCUGGUAACUCCUUCAAAGGUGAAAGGAGGUGGCAUCACUUUUGCAGGUUGUCUCCAACUUCUUGGCUUCUGUACUUUUGAGGCUUGUGUAGGGAUUUUCUGGCCAUCCAUUAUGAAGAUGAGAUCCCAAUACAUCCCUGAAGAAGCUCGAAGCACCAUCAUGAACUUCUUCCGCAUCCCUUUAAACAUCUUUGUUUGCAUCGUUCUAUAUAACGUAAAUGCAUUCCCCAUCACGAUCAUGUUUGGAAUGUGUUCGAUCUUCCUCUUUGUCGCGUCCAUUUUACAGAGACGGCUUGCAGCAAUUGGAGAUAAGUCAAAGACAGAAGAUUGGGCCAUGAUGAAGGAAAGAGAUGCUGAGGCUGAGCCAUUGAAUGUUCCUUAAUCUCAGCGGUUUGGACUACAAAACCAAUUUUGGAGGUCCUUAACGACCGUUUUUUAUACCCAUAAUCUGCCAUCUCAAUUGCAUAUAGUCUCAGAUAAAUUCAAUUUGAUAGCGUUCAAAAAAAUUGCAAAAAAGUUUGUCGGCCAUGGAGCAAUGAAGAAAUAGGCUCGAAUUUUUAUUGUCUGUGAUUAUGUAAGAUGGAAACAUAUUAGCAUCUUAUGUGCAGGCCUUUGCUCUUAGGAUUAUCAGCGUUCUUUGUAAUUUUGAUACUACUUCAUUUCUUUAAUCUAUGGAUUGCUUGCCUCAAGUAUCCGUAGUACCCUACUUUUGUUUUCGACAUUUUUAUCAUAAUAGUGAAAUGUCAUCAUACAUUUUUCAGUUCCUAA